AUGAGACGCUCAUGGACAGCAAGGCUAGCAGCUACGAUUGCUGUUAGCCAUAGCUUCUCUCAAUUCGCCAUCGCACAAGACCUUGUUUCAUCAGUCUCUCAAUCGCCAUCACCAACGCCCACAGCUUCGGAGUCAGUAAAUUCGUCGAGCGCAACACCAACCUCCUCUGGCGAACCAACAGUCCAUACUAUCAAGGCUGGCUCCGGGGGUUUUAAAUUUGACCCACCAGAACUUCAUAACGUCUCGGUCGGCGACAUCGUGACAUGGGAGUUCUAUCCACCAGACCAUUCGGUUGCGAGGGCAGAAUGGCAGUCAGCCUGUGUACCGUAUGAAUACACUGGGAAAGACAAGGUUGGCUUUUGGUCGGAGACGCAAUGGGUGAACAACACCAAUGAGCUCACAUACUUCAACGUUACGAUCAACUCGACGGAACCCAUCUUUUUCUAUUGCGCAGCACCAAAUUCAUGUUUGGGUGAACACAUGGUAGGCGUCAUCAAUCCAAACUCGACACAAACUCUGGCAUCGCAAGUUCACGCGGCGGCUGCGGCAGACUUUCAAGUAGCACCCGGUGAACCAAUUCCUGCUGAAGCAACAUCAACACUCUCCAAUGCCCCCACAUCAACUGGGACCACUACGCCAAUUAGCGGAGGCAAUGGUGGCGGUCAUACCCUGUCCACUGGCGCUAUAGUUGGCAUAGCAGUGGGCGGGGUGGCCUUCUUAGCAAUCUGCGCCGCUCUCUUCUUUUUCGUCGGUCGAUCCAAGUCACUCAAGGAGGUCAUCAAGCGACAAGACGCUGCGAACAACCACGACCCACAUAUGAGCCAGCAGUACGGCGGCUCGAGUUACGGUCAUGGAGGGCUUGCGUCGCCAGGCUUCCAGCCGUCAACCCCAGGUUAUGCUACACCACCACCAGGACACCAUUCAGACUAUGGGUUCAACUCGCCACCACAAUAUGGGCAGCACAGUGUAGGGGAGCAAUAUCCAUCUGGCUGGUCGAGUCCUGGGCAGCAGCAUGGUCAUCUAAGUAUGAUGAGCAGUGUCAGUGGGAUGUCGCAACAACAGAUUGACCAGUUAAAGUAUGCACAGAUGAACACGCAACCUGUUGUAGCAGAAUUGCACAGCCCGCCGCUGGAACAACAGUCCUUCUCGGCCGAACUGGAAGCACCUGGGCGUGACAAGCCGAGAGGUUGA